AUGGUCGGGAAUCUACACCGGGGAUUCGUCGUAUAUCAGAAUGAUGGCAUUUUUCUUUCGUUCCUGCAUCAUGCUCUAACCCUGACAAAGCCCGUUUACCGAUAUAAGUCGCCGCCUUUUCCACUCUCAUGUGGUACCCCCUGCGGUACCUCCAAAAGAUCAUAUCAAUCACGGCCCGCUCAAUUCAAAUCCCACAAUGUGGAGUCGCCGAUUCCGCAAUCUACUACAUGUUCCACAACUGAUCUGAAAAGCGACACAGAGCACAACAUCACUUGCAGUUCUCGACUAUCAGAGUCUUCGUCGCAAUCUAAUCUGGGGAAGCAUUAUGAAACAGAUCAGAAUUGGGACCUGCUCUCUUCUGCUAUCGAUGAUUUAAAGUUAUCCGCGAACUACCAACAUGAUGAGGAUCCCAGAUCGUCUAAUGCUUCGGAAGACUUAGCCCGGGGAAACCAUUCAUCUAGAUCUUCCAAUUCCGUCUUUGAUAUAUUGUCCAACUUCCGGCAACCCCCCUGGGAAAAUACACUGAAUGAACGGAGGACUCGGCAGGCCAAGGUGGCACAGGAAGACAACUCCUCGUGUAUUGAUGAUCCACCGGAGUUUGCGGAAGAUGUUAGAUCCAGUAAAUCUGCUUCUCUCGUGGACCUUGCUCCUAGCAAAGAGGCUACAGUCGGAAAUCGGCGCAAAACUAACAUGCCCAAUCGCAAUGGAGAGGAAAUCCUUGGAAUGCAGACAAUGGAAAUACCUGUGCCCACACAUAUGAUUGAUAUCCCCUUUGAAAACACAGUUAGGAAACGGAUGGACAAACCGGAAUUCUGGGAGGAAGUUGACAUUCCUCAUCGCAAUACAAAAGGAGAACAAACCAUUCGAUAUCAAGGGAAAGUAUAUAGGUUUGCAGCUGGUGAUAAAGAUGAGCUAGUCCCGGGCAUAGGUGCAUUUGGCGCAGGCAAGCUUGCCAAGGAAGUGGCAAACAGAGCGGUCAGAAAUAUCAUCGCUGAGUUGGACAAUUGCAUUGCAGGUGAUAGCGGCGAUGUUGAAAUCUGGAAAGUGUGUGAAGAACGUAUAUUUGCAAUGCUGAAGCUUUUCUCUGUCGAAGAUGAAGUCGUCGCUUCUACCAUGCCCCAAGAUGCGGUUGUAAUACGACGCGCAGGUCGAAAAAAUUCGCGGAAAUCUGAAUGGCGGUCAUCAACAACAAACAAGGGUAAAUCUCAAACUUUGGAUCCUCUAAAUAUACCGGCCGGAAUACCGGCGAGACCUUUUGUUCUCCACGCUUUCCCUGAAAUACUUCUCCAUGCACUCCGCCUUCUUCACACCCACUUUCCAAUGUCAGAAAUAACGAUCCAAAUGUAUGCCUCCAUCAAAGCUCGCGGACGCGUCGCCCGUCUCCUAGCAUCUGAUACAGAGAUUUACAACGAGCUAAUAUCCUACCAUUGGCGUGUCCACAACAAUCUUCCGCUGAUAAACUCCCUUUUGAAAGAUAUGGAGGAUCACGGUGCUACAAUCUCGUCGCGGACCGAGAAACUGUUGAACGGCAUUUUCAAUCAGAAAAGGGGAAGGGAAAUGACGAGUAGGAGGUCCUCCGGGCCUGCUCUUACCAAGGGAAUCCCGUGGACCUCUGAGUCGGAUUAUCGCGCAUACAACGAUUUCUUCGGUGUCAAGGGGAAGCGUGAGGGUUGGUUUUUCAAAGUGAGGAAGCUGCGCAGGUUUGAAGGUCGUAAAUUUAAGAUAACAGCAAAGAUGCAUCGGAAGUUGCCUGUGGAUCUAAGUGGGUCUGCGGAGUCUGAAUAUGCACGUCUGGCUAGACGUGGCCGCGCAAAUUUCAUGCCAGGAAUGUGA